GUGAUGGUCCUUAGUACAUACGCAAUGCGUUAAAGAUGGCAUUAACGGGCUUGGCUACGACGUUGCUUUCGGCACGCAUAGUCCAAAGGGCGUCGCUGUCUGCUGGCUUUUAUCGCGCCUCCUCCUCAACAACUGAUAGAGAUACAGCAGCUGCGGACGCUCCUGAUCACGCCAGCCCGGAACCUGUGCCUCAAGGCAUCGCUGCCGUACUGCCCUUCAUCGCCUGCCCCUUGACAAAGGCGCCCCUUAGGUACGACAAGCAACUCAACAAGCUAGUAUGUGACGAGCUGGGCGUGGCCUACUCGGUUACGGCGGACGGUGUACCGCAGCUAGUGCCGCAUCUCGGGGAGAUUCUGGGCGACGUGGAUCCGCAGGCGGCCCCAGGAGCGGCCUCACGGUGAUAGACUGAUAGUGACAGCAGCAGUAGUGCAGUAAUAGAAGGAGUAGUAGCGAUGAUAGCGGCAGCCCAGGGCUUAGAGCGGCAGGUGUAGGGGUGGUAGCAAUAACAGGCGUGUUUCAGUGCAAGGGUGGAAGGGGCAGUAGCGGUGAAGUGUUGUUUGGGCUCUGCUGUGGCCAUGACGCACAAGUAAAGCUGGUAGCAGCAGCAGGAGUGGUGUUGGACUUUGGACGAAUGUUGGCAGAAGGAAAUGGGCAGUGGGCUUGGUACUGUACAUACUAGCUGUAGGGGCGCGAGGAGGACACAACCAUAG